GACGUCCAAUAAUCGACUCGCUCUGAAGUCUCCGGGGCCGAGGCCUAGAGAGGGAGUUAUUUUUUUUUUUGCUAACGCUCACUCUUAACAUUUUUUGUUUCGAUGCCCAGAUAUCGGCGCCCGUUUUGACCGACUGCGAACCGAUGAAGCACUUUAUCCUCUGAUCGAAGCGGAAACGGCCCGAAACGUUAGCCAGCUAACUGACAGCUAACUGCUAACUGCCAACUGCCAGCGAGGAAGUGAGGAACGAAAAAAUGACAUCUCGGAGGUGGUUUCACCCCAACAUCACAGGUGUGGAGGCCGAAAACCUCCUGCUGACUCGAGGAGUUGAUGGGAGCUUUUUAGCGCGACCCAGCAAAAGUAAUCCAGGAGACUUCACCCUCUCAGUACGGCGAAAUGGAGCCGUCACCCAUAUUAAGAUCCAAAACACAGGAGACUACUAUGAUCUUUAUGGUGGGGAGAAGUUUGCCACUCUGGCAGAGCUGGUGCAGUAUUACAUGGAGCACCAUGGGCAACUGAAAGAAAAAAACGGAGAUGUUAUUGAGCUCAAGUAUCCACUUAACUGUGCGGACCCCACCUCAGAGAGAUGGUUCCACGGACACUUGUCGGGCAGGGAGGCGGAGAAGCUGCUGACGGAGAAAGGGAAAAACGGCAGCUUCCUGGUGAGAGAGAGCCAGAGCCACCCGGGGGAUUUUGUCCUGUCAGUCCGUACAGGGGACGACAAGACGGACAGCAGUGACACCAAACCCAAAGUCACUCACGUCAUGAUCCGCUGCCAGCCUGACCUGAAGUACGACGUGGGUGGAGGGGAGAAGUUUGACUCCCUCACCGACUUGGUGGAGCACUACAAGAAGAACCCCAUGGUGGAAACGCUGGGCACUGUGCUUCAGCUCAAACAGCCCUUGAACACUACUCGUAUUAACGCCGCAGAGAUUGAAAGUCGAGUUCGGGAGCUAAGCAAACUAGCAGAGGCCACAGACAAGGUCAAACAGGGCUUCUGGGAAGAAUUUGAGACCUUGCAGCAACAAGAGUGCAAGCUGCUCUACAGUCGCAAAGAGGGCCAGAGAGCAGAGAACAAAAACAAGAACAGAUACAAGAACAUUCUGCCUUUCGACCACACUCGUGUGGUGCUGAAUGACAGGGACCCGAAUGAGCCAGGCUCUGACUACAUCAACGCCAAUAUCAUCAUGCCGGAGCUGGACUCUAAGUGUAACAGCACCAAAGUGAAGAAGAGCUACAUCGCCACUCAGGGCUGUCUGCAGAACACCAUCAGUGACUUCUGGAGGAUGGUGUUUCAGGAGAACUCUCGAGUCAUUGUCAUGACCACCAAAGAGGUGGAGCGAGGAAAGAGUAAGUGUGUGAAGUACUGGCCGGACAUGUCGGCUCUAAAGGAGUACGGUGCGAUGCGCGUUCGCAAUGUCAGAGAGACGGCUGCACACGACUACAUCUUAAGAGAACUCAAACUGUCCAAGGUUGGACAGGGCAACACAGAACGUACAGUUUGGCAGUACCACUUCAGGGCCUGGCCGGAUCACGGAGUCCCGACUGACCCUGGCGGUGUACUCGACUUCUUAGAGGAGGUCAAUCUGAAACAGGAGAGCAUAUUGGACGCUGGGCCUAUAGCAGUACACUGCAGUGCAGGGAUCGGGCGGACAGGAACGUUUAUAGUGAUUGAUAUCCUGAUAGAUGUGAUCAGAGAGAAAGCUAUCCGAUCUCUUCAAGACCCAUGCAGGGUGGACUGCGACAUCGACGUUCCAAAGACCAUCCAGAUGGUUCGUUCUCAGCGCUCUGGGAUGGUGCAGACUGAGGCGCAGUACAGAUUCAUCUAUAUGGCUGUACAGCACUACAUAGAAACAUUGCAGAGACGCAUAGAGGAGGAACAGAAAAGCAAGAUUAAAGGGCGCGAGUACACCAACAUCAAGUACUCUUUGUCUGACCUGAGUGGAGGAGAGCAGAGCCCGUUGCCUCCUUGCACUCCUAUUCCAACCCCCACCUGCACAGAGAUGAGAGACGACAGCUCCAGAGUGUAUGAGAACGUGGGCCUGAUGCAGCAGCAGAAGACAUACAGAUGAGAUUCACCUUUGACCCUUAGUUCCAGGAUCUUGAUACCUGACUUUUUUCUCGCCAGCCACACCUUGACGCCUGAGACUUGACCGUAAUGACAUGGAACAAUGGAAAAAACACGCGGAAAAAAAACUACAACACAAAAAUGUGAGAGACCAGACACCAGGGUCCUCCUGUUCUCGCCCACCUAACAUGAACAUUUGCCAUCUAGUUGAAUUCUAAACCACUGUGAUCAUCAAGAGCCUUUGAGAAGCCUGACAAGCUAAAUCCCCUACUAAACCACAGUUUGGGUUUAGUCUUUGUAAAUCUCACCCAAACAAGGGCUGCAAACAGCGAGCACUCUCCUCAGAGGGUUAAAAACCUAGCUAACCUUUGCUCAUCUCGUAUCAAGUUUUUAUUUUAUUUUUUUAGAUUUUAUUAAACAAAGGAGGAUUAUGUAGAUUGUUUGUAGGCGGAAGUUUUCUGACAAAGGCCUGUGCCAAAACCUUGAAUGAUUUCAUCCACAUUUCUCAGCCAAUUAAAAGUCUCUGUUUGGUGGUUAAGCCUUCAAAGCAGCGGGAGACGAGACCUUAGUUGUGGACAGAAGUGGGGCAAAAAUUAAACUGUGUUAUAUAAAGUAAUAUUUCUGAAUGAAGAACUAUUGCCAUUGUAGUGUAAUACCAUAUUUACUGUUUAUUUUUAAUCCACUGACUUCUAAACGUGAAUUCCUUUUUUUUUCUUUUCUGCACUAGAACUGCCUCGAACACAAACUUUAAUCCAGGAUGUUUGGUGUGUGAAUUAACUAUUUGUUGUUGUCAAGUUUUAAUAUGCUUUUUGUUUGGAUACACACAGUGUCUGUUAGUUAACCAUUCCUGAGCUCAAGCCGAAUGCCCUUAUUGCUGCACUUUUAUUUAGCAGCAUAACAGUUACAGUCAAGCCUUGAUUCACCUGGUGGAUUUAUAACUAAUCUAAUCUGGGGGUUUAAAGAGGAGCUUUUUGGGGAGGGAGGGGGGCACAUGUAUGAUUUUCGCAACCCCCUUCACCUGCACUUCUACGUCAAAGUCAGUGUGAUGACAUUUUAAUAUUUCAGGGGAGUCUGUUGUGUAUCUCAGUUUCAGGCAUCGCCACAGAUGCAUGGCUGCCAAAAAAACUUAGUUUUUUAAGUUUUUUUUGCACAAGUGCAUAUUACUUUUUUCAUUCUUUCUUGUUUUUUUGUUUUUAUUUUUUUUAUUUUUUUAAGACAAAUGCCUUUUGUGUACCAUUGCCUAUUUUGAGCACCACAUGUACUUAAUUUUAAGAGUCACUGUUUUAAGAAGCAAUCCCACAUCUCGCAGCUUUGGCACUAUAUAGUCAUUGUUGUUAGAGAUUGAUGGCCCUGUGAAAGUCAGCUGGAUUCAGUAGUUUAUACCCAAACACACACACGUAUACAGGUUGAUAUACAAGAAAUUUCCUCACCUUUCUGUUAGUGUUAAUCAAACUAACCAUUUAAAGGAAUAAUUAGACAUUUUGGGAAAUUUGCAUAUUCACUUUCUUGCAAAGAGUUGGAUAAGAAGAUACCACUCUCGUGUGUACGCUAAAUAGGAAGCUACUGCCUGCUGCUGAGUAGCUUAGCCUAAAGACUGGCAUCUACCUGCAACCAUAUUUAGCGAACAUAUAUGAGAAUCCAAACCUUUUCACUUAACUCUCAGCGAGAAAGCAAAUAAGUGUAUUUCCCAAAUGUCUAACUCUUACUUUAACGUCAUCUUCACAACCAGCAGCAGUGUUUAGGGAAGUCUGAUGUUUUGUAUCUGUAUUAACCUUCUAGUGAGAAACCACAAUGCUCAUUUCAAACAUGUGGCCUAAAGUGUUUUUCUGUUGUCAAGCCUUCUGAGCGUCUGCACACUUGCUUGCUAUCACUACGCCUUGAGAAACUGCAGUCUUGCGAUUGAACUUACUGUAACAGUGCUGACUCAGAAUCUCUCAGUUGAGAAAAAGAAGACGCGACUCUCCUCCUUUGCCUUGAGCGAUAGUUCUCAACAACAACCACUGAUCCAGGACUGAAACAGCUUCUCUCUGUAACAUUAAAAAUCAUCAAAUCAGUGUUUUUUUAAUGGGGGGGCUGCUUCCUCCCACCGGUGGAUUCUGCCAACACCUAGCAAGUGUUCUUUGAAAUGAUUCUUCUCCUCCUUGGUGAACGCCAUCCACUGACUGAAAUCUUCUGUAGUGUGGUGUACUGUAUGCAGUUUUAUCGUCAAACGGAUGAGUUUGUACUUGUCUCAUGUUUCGGGGAGUGCUUGCUUGUGGUAUUUGUGUCCUGUGGUGUGUGUGUGUGUGUGUGUGUGUGUGUGUGUUGGUGUGUGUUGGUGCGCGGGGUUGUGUGUGUGUUGUUGUGAUAGUGCCGCUGCCCAUCAUCUAUAUGUUCUUACUUUUCUUGUUUUUGUUUUCUUCCCCCGAUGAUAAAACUGCUUUCCAUUGGUCAUGUAAGCAAUUUAGAUGCAUAGACGUGCCUUCUAUGCAUAUGCCUAUGUGUAUGUGAUAGCUAUUAAAAAAAAAAAAAACAUUAACAGUGCUCUUUAGUUCCACCGCCAUUCAAGAACCUGUAACACUUAAAUGUGAAUUAUUUCAUCCUGAACAAAAAAAGGAAAAAACGGUGAUCGCAAUGCAAACAAACUAUAUAUUUUUUGACAUGUAUAUUGUACAUGAGUACCAGGUAGAGGAGAAUGUACUUACUAAAACAUAUCUACUUGCCAAUAAGAUACUGUCUGUAUAUUCCUACAGCUUUCUCUCUGUGACACAGGGAGGGACCUCUCACAAAGCUUAAGAGGUUUAUUGUAUGACUUUCAAUGCAGUUAACCAUGUUAACUUUCUCAAUAACAAUAAAUGGCAGACUCAUGCCACAUUAAAACUG